UUGAUACAAAAAAUUGACAAAUACGCCGGUUCGUCAUUCCUAGUAACUAUUACAUCUACAGAAGAAAAUAUCGACUUUAUAAAGGCUGAGUAAAGAAUAAAGAAGAUGGCGAACUCGAACUAACCAAAACAUUGCAUGCAUUUAUUCUUUUUAAAAAAAUUGUUAGAUUUUUUCUACAAAUUUUUUCUUUUACAAAAAUGGACGAUUUAGAAGAAUUAGAAGACAUUGAAAUCAUAUAUUCGGACGACGAAGAUGAUCAUUUCGAAAUGGAAGAGGACCCGGAAACACGCCAAACGGAGACUGAAAUUGAAAUUAAAGACAUGUCUCUGUUAACUUUUGCAAAUCAUCAAAAAUCGGUUUUCGCCACCGACGUAAGUAAAGACGACGUAUUAGCAGUUACUGGAGGAGAAGACGACAUUGCCUUUGUGUGGAACACAGAUUCUGGAGAUAUUUUAUUUGACUGCAAGGGUCAUAAAGAUUCCGUGACCGAAGUGGCAUUUAACUUAAAUAAUAAAUACCUAGCGACCGGAGACAUGGCGGGCAUGAUCCAGAUUUGGAAUGUUAAAGAAAAAAAGCUCGCAUGGUGUUUAGAAGCUGAUGAUAUGGAAUGGCUAAUGUGGCAUCCUUUGAUUAACGUUAUAAUGUGCGGUUGCCAAACUGGCAACAUUUACAUCUGGGAAAUACCAUCAAAAAAUUGCAAAGUGCUGCCAUCACCUGGUUUUUGCCCGUGCACUAGUGGCAAGGUGCUAGCUGGAGGCAAACAUUUGUUGACUAGUUAUGGAAAUGGGCAUGUUAAAAUGUGGGCUUUAAAGGAGGGAAAUAUUAUGUGGACCAACAGUGACAAUGCAACAGUUAAUAAUAUAGAGAUUAAUUGUGAUGACUCUUUGAUUGUAGUCAUACCCAGUGGUAAAAUUAUUAGAGCAAGUGAUGGAAAAACCAUGGGGACUGUUAUGUUGGAUGGGCAAAUUGAAAUUGAAGCUGCUCUGUUUAGUAAAGACUCUGACAUUAUCAUAACGGGAUCCUUGUCAGGACAGUUAUGUGUAUGGCAACUUGGAAAAUAUACAAUUAGGCAUCAGGCUAAAAUUGACUGCGCUGUAACUGUUUUAAGAUGGAGCCACUUGGGAAAUGCAAUUAUUGGCACCACUGAUGGAGAUAUUUAUAUAUGCAACCCCAAAAGUGGGACUCUGGUGCAGACCCUGACCGGACAUAGGUCAGAUAUUUUAAGUAUAUCGGUAUUUAACAAUGCAAAUAAAAUUUUGACUUCAUCUGAUGAUGGAAGUGCCAAAAUUUUUAUUCUUGACAAUUAAAGAGUGAUUUAUAUUAAAAUUAUAUAUUUAUAUUUUGUUGAAUAAAAAGUGUUUUAUUUGCUUCUUUUUUAUUGAAAUCUGGUGGAGAUAAAGAAUUCACAUAAUUCUAAUGUUUUAAUU